AUGUAUCGAUUGGUGAGGAGGGCAUCCUCUUUUCGCUUCCAAAGGCUAAAUGAAGGUUUAGCAAAGCAGCUCGCUGUUCAACCAGCAUCAUGUCCAGACACUAAAGGAUUCAUGGACAAGCUUGCACAUCUCCGUCAGCAAUCUGUUUUCGGAGAUGCAAAAAGAAUCGAAAAGCAACAUCAAAAACACAAGCUUUCAGCUAGAGAAAGAGUUGAAUUGCUCGUAGAUCCUGGCACAUUUGUCGAAUACGAUCAGUUAGUGACUCACAGAUGUACAGAUUUCGGAAUGGAAAAAACCAAACAUCCAGGUGAUGGAUUAGUCUCAGGGCAUGGCUAUGUUGAUGGGAAAUUGGUCUUUGUAUACAGCUACGAUUUUACUGUAGGUGGAGGCACCUUAUCAGAGACCGUUGCUGAGAAAGUAUGCAAAGUUCAAGAAAAAGCUUUAAAUGCAGGGGCUCCAAUUAUUGGACUCAACGACAGCGGUGGAGCUAGAAUCCAAGAAGGAGUACAGUCACUCGGAGGCUACUCUGACAUUUUCUACAACAAUGUUCAAGCCUCAGGUGUUAUCCCUCAACUUUCCAUGAUUAUGGGACCUUGUGCUGGAGGAGCUGUGUAUUCUCCUGCAUUAACAGAUUUUAUCUUUAUGGUUAAAAACUCUUCCUUUAUGUUUGUGACAGGUCCAGAUGUCGUAAAGGCAGUGACCCACGAAGAAAUCGAUAUGGAAGGCCUCGGUGGAGCUAAAGUUCACAGUUCAAAAUCUGGUGUCUCACAUUUCGCAUUGAAUAACGACGUUGAAGCUUUAAUGUUUGUUAGAAAUUUCUUAACCUAAUAAUGUGUAUAUGCAUUAUUAUAUAAUCUUAAUUUUUAUAUAUAAAAAGUUAAACAAUAUGCAAAAAUAUUUUUUAAAUUUGAAAAAAAAUUAAAGAGUAGAGUUAGGUUUCUUACCAAGCUCAAAUAGAGAAAAAGCUACUCCAAAACCAACUGCAGAUCCUUUCGAUAGAGAAAUCCCAGUUCUAGACAAAUUCGUACCAGAAGAUCCUAAUAAGCCUUACGAUAUGAGAGUCGUUCUCAAAUCAAUCUGCGAUGAUGAAUAUUUCUUAGAAGUUCAGCCAGAUUAUGCCAAAAACAUUCUUGUUGGGUUUGGAAGACUUGGCACAGAAACUGUAGGCUUUAUUGCAAAUCAGCCACAAUCAUUAGCUGGUGUUUUAGACAGACUUUCUUCAAUUAAAGCUGCAAGAUUCAUCAGAUUCUGUGACUCAUUCAACAUUCCGAUUGUCACUUUCGAAGAUGUUCCUGGGUAUUUGCCAGGAGUCCAUGAAGAACACAAUGGUAUCAUUACCCAUGGUGCUAAAAUCCUUUACGCUUAUUCAGAAGCUACAGUACCAAAGAUCACAAUCAUUACAAGAAAAGCUUAUGGUGGAGCUUACUGUGUGAUGAACUCCAAACACUUGAAAGGAGAUUUCAACUAUUCAUGGCCAACUGGAGAAAUCGCUGUCAUGGGAGCUAAAGGAGCUUGUGAAAUUAUACGAAUAUAUAGUGACUUAUUAAAAAAGGUUUAUAAGAUAUUUAAUUACAAAUUUACCACAUAAUAGAUUAUUUUCAGAGGAGGAGAUAUUCCUGCUGAAACUAAGAAAUACGAAGAAAAAUUCGCCAAUCCUCUAAUUGCAGCACAGAGAGGAUUUAUUGAUGAAAUUUUGACUCCUAGAGACACCAGAAAGAGACUUAUCCAAGACUUAAAGCUUCUGAAAACUAAGAAAGUCGAGAGACCUUGGAGGAAGCAUGGAAAUGUCCCACUUUAA